AUGGCCGAUACCGAAACCGCAGGCUUUGACUUCAAGCUUUAUCGCUACGAUCCUUCUCUACCAGCAGCAGUUGUCAGCACUGUUGUCUUUGCAGUCCUUUCGAUACUACAUACUUGGCGAUUGAUUCGAGUUCGAGCUUAUUACUUUACACCUUUCGUCGUUGGCGGCUUCUUCGAGACUGUCGGAUAUGCUGGAAGAAUAUGGAGUCACUUUGACAAGCUCUCUGUUGGCGGCUUCGUGCUACAAGCCAUUCCUAUCCUCGUCGCACCCGCCCUCUUCGCCGCGUCGAUUUACAUGAUUCUCGGUCGCCUGAUUCGAACCGUCGGAGCUGCUCAUCUAUCUCUUGUACCUGUAAAGUGGGUGACGCGCAUUUUUGUCACCGGCGACGUUAUCGCAUUCAGUCUGCAGGCCGGCGGCGGAGGUAUUCAGUCGGCUGGUACCUUGGACCUUUACAACCUGGGCGAGAAGAUCAUCAUCGCCGGUCUGUUCGUCCAAAUAGUCGUCUUUGGCUUUUUCGUCGUCACCUCAAUCCUCUUCCAUACCCGACUACUCAAAUCUCCGACACCCGAGUCACUACGAGGCGAUGUACCUUGGGCGAGAUACCUCUACGUCCUUUAUGCCACGAGUUUCCUUAUUCUUGUCCGAAGCAUCUUCAGGGUGGUGGAGUACCUUCAAGGAAACAAGGGAUACCUGAUCUCUCAUGAGGUCUUCUUAUAUGUCUUUGAUGCCAUUUUGAUGGCCCUGGUAAUGCUUAUUUUUAUGAUUUGGUAUGUCAAGCACUUGCAGAAGAAGAGCAAACCGGCAGAUAUCGAGGACAGGGAGUUGUCCUCUUAUGAGAGCCCCGAGGAGUACCGACACAGGAAGUAA